GAUCCAUUUCGGAGGAGCUCAGCAAAAUGCCCUUCGUGACGGAGGGAAACAGAACAACCGAGCACCGCCGUGCUUCCUCUUCUUCCGAAUUUCCUGUCUGUCAGAUCACUAAUUGAAUUCAUCUAACCUAGUAAUAACUCCCCUUUCAUCAUUCAGUUCGCUUUUCUGUAUUCACCCCGGUUAAAAACCCUCCACCUCCACUCAAACACUCUCUUAAACCCCCCCGUUCCCUUCUUCCUCAGUCCCCACUGUACAGUUUAAUUUUCUUUCCCUCCCUCUAAUUUUCGCUGCUCCUUACCCUGAGCCUAACUUACCAGUUUUACCGGAGGAAUCGUUUUUUAAUCGUCUACAAUGAGUCCAGUUCAGAAUUUCGAGCAACAUUCUCACCACCUCGUCGAACCCGACCUCCCAAUUAAGACGAGGUUACAGAUGGCAAUGGAGGUUCGGGAUAGUUUGGAGAUAACACAUACGGGGGAGUAUUUGAACUUUUUGAAGUGUUAUUUUCGAGCAUUUUCAGUAAUUUUAUAUCAUAUUACGAAGCCGCAAUUUACUGAUAACCCUGAGCAUAAGCUGAGAAAUAUUGUGGUUGAAAUUCUGAACCGUUUGCCACAUAGUGAGGUUUUAAGACCAUUUGUUCAGGAGCUUCUUAAAGUGGCAAUGCACGUGUUGACUACCGAUAACGAAGAAAAUGGCUUAAUUUGUAUUCGUAUUAUAUUUGACUUGCUUAGGAAUUUUAGACCUACACUAGAGACUGAAGUUCAGCCCUUUUUAGAUUUUGUUUGCAAGAUUUAUCAGAAUUUUAGGGUUACUGUUAGUUACUUUUUCGAGAGCGGGGCUGUGGCAGUUCCCCCACCUGUUGCAUCAGGGUCAUUGGGGUCUGCAUUGAGUGGGGAUGAUGGGAAGCCGAUGGAUGUUUCUGAUCAAGUGGGCCCCUCAGGCGGGCAUGUUACGCAAGGGCAGCUUAAUCCUAGUACUAGGUCAUUCAAGGUUGUCACAGAGAGCCCUUUGGUGGUGAUGUUUCUGUUUCAGUUGUAUAGCCGGCUUGUUCAGACAAAUAUUCCACAUUUGUUGCCGCUAAUGGUGGCUGCCAUAUCAGUUCCGGGGCCUGAGAAGGUUGCUCCUCAUUUAAAGAAUCACUUUACUGAGCUCAAGGGUGCACAGGUUAAGACAGUUUCAUUCUUAACUUACCUGCUGAAGAGUUUUGCUGAUUAUAUUAGACCACAUGAAGAAAGCAUUUGCAAAAGCAUUGUGAACCUGCUUGUCACGUGUUCUGAUUCUGUUUCUAUACGAAAGGAAUUGUUGGUAGCUCUAAAACAUGUUCUUGGAACUGAUUUUAAGCGGGGUUUGUUUCCUCUAAUUGACACGCUAUUGGAGGAAAGGGUCCUUGUUGGAACCGGGAGAGCAUGCUUUGAGACUUUAAGGCCUUUGGCCUACAGUUUACUGGCAGAGAUUGUUCAUCAUGUUAGGGGAGAUCUUUCUUUGUCUCAGUUAUCGAGGAUCAUUUACUUGUUCUCAAGUAACAUGCAUGAUGCUUCAUUGUCACUCAGCAUUCAUACUACGUGUGCUCGCUUGAUGUUAAAUCUGGUAGAGCCAAUUUUUGAGAAAGGCGUUGACCAGCCAACGAUGGAUGAAGCACGAAUUUUAUUGGGUCGAAUUUUGGAUGCUUUUGUUGGAAAAUUUAAUACUUUCAAGCGCACUAUUCCCCAGCUACUGGAAGAGGGAGAAGAUGGGAAGAAUAGGUCAACUUUAAGGUCAAAAUUAGAACUUCCAGUCCAGGCAGUGCUAAAUCUGCAAGUUCCUGUGGAGCACUCCAAGGAAGUUAGUGAUUGUAAGCAUCUGAUUAAAACAUUGGUCAUGGGAAUGAAGACCAUUAUUUGGAGCAUCACUCAUGCACAUCUACCCCGAUCACAGGUUUCACCAUCAACACAUGGGACAUCAUCUCAAAUUCUUGUUUCUGCAACAUCAGGUUCAUCAGUACCACAGUCCUUCAAAGGGAUGAGAGAAGAUGAGGUGUGGAAAGCGUCUGGCGUAUUGAAGAGUGGUGUGCAUUGCUUGGCUCUGUUCAAGGAGAAGGAAGAGGAAAGGGAAAUGAUUCAUCUCUUUUCCCAAAUUCUGGCUAUUAUGGAACCCCGAGAUUUGAUGGACAUGUUCUCCUUGUGCAUGCCUGAGCUGUUUGAGUGCAUGAUUUCAAAUACUCAGCUGGUCCACAUCUUUUCAACCCUUCUGCAGGCAGCUAAGGUUUUUCGGCCAUUUGCAGAUGUUUUGGUGAAUUUCCUUGUGACUAGUAAACUUGAUGUUCUGAAGCAGCCAGAUUCACCUGCAGCAAAACUUGUUUUGCAUCUUUUCCGCUUCUUAUUUGGUGCUGUUGCAAAGGCCCCUUCGGACUGCGAACGCAUUUUACAGCCUCACGUGCCUGUUAUAAUGGAAUCUUGCAUGAAAAAUGCAACUGAGGUUGAGAAACCAAUUGGUUACUUGCAACUUCUUAGAACAAUGUUUCAUGCACUUGCGGGUGGCAAGUUUGAACUUCUUCUCCGAGACUUGGUUCCUAUGCUGCUACCCUGCUUAAAUAUGCUGUUGGCUAUGCUUGAAGGACCUACCGGUGAAGACAUGAGGGAACUUCUUCUGGAACUCUGUCUAACUCUGCCUGCAAGGUUAAGCUCAUUGUUACCUCAUCUUCCUCGCCUUAUGAAGCCUCUGGUGAUGUGUCUAAAAGGAAGUGAUGACCUAGUUAGUCUUGGUUUAAGGACACUUGAGUUCUGGAUUGAUAGUUUGAAUCCUGAUUUCUUAGAGCCGAGUAUGGCGAAUGUCAUGUCUGAGGUGAUUUUGGCAUUAUGGUCUCAUUUGAGACCUGCACCCUAUCCUUGGGGUGGAAAAUCAUUGCAACUUCUUGGUAAAUUGGGUGGUCGUAAUAGACGUUUUCUCAAAGAACCUCUUGCACUUGAAUGCAAGGAGAAUCCAGAGCAUGGACUUAGAUUGAUUCUUACAUUUGAACCCUCCACACCUUUUUUGGUUCCACUUGAUCGUUGCAUAAAUCUUGCUGUGGCUGCUGUCAUGAACAAAAAUGGUGGGGUGGAUCCGUUUUACCGAAAGCAGGCUCUAAAGUUUGUCCGUGUAUGCUUGUCAUCUCAACUUAAUUUGCCAGGGAUUGUUACUGAUGAGGGAUCAACAUCUAGGCAGUUGUCAACUCUCUUAGUUUCAUCUGUUGACCCAUCUUGGAGAAGAUCUGAGACAGUAGAAAUGAAGGCUGACUUGGGUGUCAAGACGAAGACCCAACUCAUGGCUGAGAAAUCUGUGUUUAAGAUUCUCUUGAUGACCAUCAUUGCUGCAAAUGCUGAACCUGAUUUGCAUGAUGCUAAUGAUGACUUUGUUCUCCAUGUUUGCCGCCAUUUUGCCAUGAUAUUCCACAUUGACAAUUCUCUGACACAUACAUCAAUUGGUGCCUCUUCACUUGGUGGUCCUCUUCUUGCUCCCAGCUCCAGUAUUAGUUCAAAAUCAAGAAAUACUGGACCUUCUAACCUGAAAGAGUUGGACCCAUUAAUAUUCUUGGAUGCUUUGGUAGAUGUACUGGCAGAUGAAAAUAGACUUCAUGCUAAAGCAGCUCUAGAUGCUCUGAACAUAUUUGCUGAGACACUUCUGUUUCUUGCUCGCUCAAAGCAUUCAGAGAUUUUAAUUUCAAGAGGUGGUCCUGGCACACCUAUGGUUGUUUCUAGUCCAUCAAUGAGUCCUGUGUAUUCACCACCUCCAAGCGUACGUGUUCCAGUUUUUGAGCAACUCCUGCCACGGCUUCUACAUUGUUGCUAUGGCAGUACUUGGCAAUCACAAAUUGGAGGAGUUAUUGGCCUUGGUGCUAUGGUUGGGAAGGUUACUGUUGAAAUUUUAUGCCAUUUUCAAGUACGGAUUGUUCGGGGGCUAGUAUAUGUUCUCAAAAGGCUUCCUAUCUAUGCAUCAAAAGAGCAGGAAGAAACUAGUCAGGUGCUAACCCAAAUUCUUCGUGUGGUGAAUAAUGUUGAUGAGGCAAACAGUGAAGCUCGCAAACAAAGUUUCCAAGGAGUUGUUGAAUACCUAGCAUCUGAGCUGUUCAAUGCAAACUCAUCCAUUAAUGUAAGAAAGAUCGUGCAGUCUUGUUUGGCACUUCUGGCAAGUAGGACAGGCAGUGAGGUUUCUGAGUUACUUGAACCUUUGUACCAACCUUUGCUUCAGCCUCUUAUCUUGCGGCCUCUUCGGUCAAAAACUGUUGACCAACAAGUUGGGACGGUCACAGCUUUGAAUUUCUGCCUAGCUUUGAGGCCUCCUCUGCUUAAGUUGACUCAGGAGCUAGUCAAUUUCCUGCAAGAGGCUUUGCAAAUUGCUGAAGCUGAUGAAACUGUUUGGGUUGUGAAAUUUAUGAACCCAAAGGUGGCCUCAUCAUUGAAUAAGCUACGGACGGCUUGCAUUGAACUGCUGUGUACUGCUAUGGCGUGGACGGAUUUUAAAACACAGAAUCACUCUGAAUUGCGUGCAAAAAUCAUUUCUAUGUUUUUCAAAUCUCUAACAAGUCGGACACCUGAAAUUGUAGCUGUUGCAAAGGAAGGUCUAAGACAGGUUAUACUUCAGCAAAGAAUGCCUAAAGAACUUCUGCAAAGCAGCCUGAGGCCUAUCUUAGUUAAUUUGGCACAUACAAAAAAUUUGAGCAUGCCUCUUCUGCAAGGGCUGGCCCGUCUGCUUGAGCUUUUGUCCAACUGGUUCAAUGUAACUUUAGGCGGUAAAUUGUUGGAGCAUCUGAAAAAAUGGUUAGAACCUGAAAAGCUUGCGCAGACUCAGAAGUCUUGGAAGGCUGGUGAAGAACCUAAAAUUGCUGCUGCAAUUAUUGAGCUUUUCCACCUGCUUCCUUCGGCUGCUGGGAAAUUCCUUGAUGAGCUUGUAACUUUGACUAUUGAUUUGGAAGGUGCCCUUCCACCAGGGCAGUUCUAUAGCGAGAUUAACAGUCCUUAUCGCCUUCCUCUCACUAAGUUUCUAAAUCGAUACCCAGCUGCAGCUGUUGAUUAUUUUCUUUCUCGGUUAUGUCAACCCAAAUACUUCCGCAGGUUUAUGUAUAUCAUACGGUCGGAUGCUGGCCAACCCUUGAGAGAAGAACUUGCUAAGUCACCUGAAAAGAUAAUAGCAAGUGCAUUUCCUGAAUUUUUACCCAAAUCUGAUGCAUCAACAGCCCAGGGAUCUUUUAACCAUCCCACCACUGUGGGGAGCGACGAAUCACUUGGCUAUAAACCUGAGAGUUUAAUUCCGAUUUCUACCAGCACUAGUGGAUUGGCAGAUGCUUAUUUCCAGGGUCUUGCUUUGAUCAAGACUUUGGUUAAACUGAUGCCUAGCUGGUUGCAGAGUAAUCGGGUUGUUUUCGACACAUUAGUUCUUCUGUGGAAGUCACCAGCAAGAAUUUCACGGUUACAAAACGAGCAGGAGUUGAAUUUGGUGCAAGUAAGUUUACUGCUAAUCUGAAAGUUCAUAGCCUAAAAUUUCUUGCCUAAAAUGAAAAUGAGCAGAAUUUCAGAUAUCUGUUUCAUGGUUGGAAAGUUAUCUGUCUUGAUUUUGACAUGACCAGGAUAACCAUACUUUAUGAUUGAUGUAUCUGUUGGUGCUGCCAGUGACAAAUCAUUUAUAUGAUGUCUGAUGUGUUGAUUUGUAGUGUUCUUAUGUUGUUGUAGUCAUGGUUUUUUCCUGCCUCCUUGCAAUGUUUAUUUUUUCCUGGGGUUAGGUUAAGUGUACCUCUUUGCUAUCACUUAUACUUCUCAUAUCAUUUUUGUUCUGUCACUAGUUUUCAAUCUACAUCAUACCUAGGGUCUCUUUUUCCUUACGUGUGGGGAGAGGGUUGAUUUAAUGGUCGAGGAAGAAUCUUGGCCUCUCUAAUCUCUAUUGUGAAGUCAAAAGGAGAAAAAGCAGGUAAAAAGGUUUCAGAUAAUUAUGAUGCCAUGAACACUUAAGGCUUCUCCGACCUUUUCUUGUGGGAUUGGUUGCUUUGCUUGAACUUAAACUUUAUGCUGUGUCAUGCACCAUCAGCCCAGCAUUUGAAUGGACAUAUCUGUGUGCGAUUAUCAGAUUUGUAAGUUGUUGAAUGUUCUUCCUGUCUUUUUUGAAUGUACAUAUCUACGGCUUCAAGUUUGAAAGGUGCAAUUGUUUUCUGAUGUUGGUGGGCUAAUUGUUGUGCCUUUCAACUCUCCUGACUUGGAGGUCUUUAUGAUACAACUGUCUUGUGCUUGUAUGACAAGAUUUUUCCAAAUCUGUGGCCAAGUUUUUAUUAAUUGGCAAUAGCUGCAGUUCACCUAAAUGGUUUUAAUCCCUCCCUAACUAGUCAACCUCGACAAAUUUGGAAUUCAGGGAAGGU